AUGGCGCCCCUCGCGAUAUCAAUUGCGCUCUUCUCUGUCAUGGAGUGGGCACAGGUCCCCCAUCACCCUCGCUUAUCCACCGACGACGACCCUCCUCCUCCCUAUACGCAGUUCCCCGCACCGUAUCAGAGCGUGUACGGCGUCGCUCGAUUCAGUGCGGCCGCGUGGCCCGUGAACCUCGAUGCGGACUUGGACGGCGAAGGUACUGAGCGCAUCUGGUUUAAUCCAAACCCAGCUUCCUCUAAUCUGCGGGAGAUGGGGCCCACUGCGAGACACGAAACCUUGCAGUGGCUGUGUGGCAUGUGGAAUUUCUCACCCAUGUCUGGUGAGCGACGUCUCACGUUUGGCCAAACGAGGAUCGCGAUUUACCCAUAUCCUUUCGUACCAGGUCCUGCGCAGUAUUGGUCUGCAGCAAAUGGGGCUUCGUCUAGCCUGCGGGAAAUCGGACCAAGCGAGACCCCCAACACCUUGCAAGCCUUGCGCGACAUGUGGAACGGUCUUUUUGUACGUGGGCUAGCAUCCGUGGUGCGCAUGUGGCGGGUCGUAGUAGGAUGGAGCACUGAGCUCGUACUCCUUCUAGGCUUCACCGGGACGGACGCGUUGGACGGUGUUUAG